AUGAAAAAAGUGUCGACGCUUGGGAAGCGCAAGAAAUCCAUUGAUGCCGACAAUGUGAAGAAAAUUGACAAGAAGGAUGAGUUUGACCCCAACCAAUUUUAUGUCUCGCUUACAUCGCACGCCGAGCAAUUUGGUGUUGAGCCCAUUCGCGUCCGGUGGGGGCAUAAGGAACCUGACGUGCGCGGCCCAAUUAUAGGUACCAACCGCCACCACAAGUAUCGUAAUGCCAUCGGCGCACACGGCGGCUCGUAUUGCAUUUAUCGAGGUCUUGCAGUUGCUUCAGGCGCGAUCGUUAAAAAUGCCAAACCCGACCUGUCCGAGACCACACCUGCUGCCAAGAUAGGCCCUCAUCCAUCGUGGGCGGAUCCUGAAAAGAUAGUUACAAUUGAUCCAUUUGGUGCAUGCGUGGUGGAAGCCUUUCCUGAAUACUACCAGAACGGUUACGACAUCCGUCCCACAAUUGCCGUCACCAAGGCGCACAUGGACUUUCCGGAGAUUCACGAAGCUGUGCGUCUUGGUCGCCUAAAGCCCGACGGCAAGGUCUUGACUAAGUCGUCGCAACUCGUCAUUACGAAAGCUGCCAUUGACCCAGUAUGGUACCUUCCAGGCGUGGCCAAGCGCUUUAAUACGACCGAAGCCAAUUUGCGUCAACAGAUUUUUCAAGAAACAAAUGGUAUGUACCCAGAGCUCGUGACUAGAAACGAUUUAAAGAUAUUUUUGCCACCGAUCGGAGGCUUGACAAUUUACAUAUUUGGAUCUGUUGAGGCCAUUUCGGAUCCUUCAAAAAAAUUGGCAGUGCGUGUUCACGACGAAUGUAAUGGCUCGGACGUGUUUGGGUCGGAUAUAUGCACAUGUCGACCGUAUCUAUCCCACGGUAUUGAAGUUUGCGUACAAACUGCGCAAGAAGGAGGCACCGGUAUUAUUGUAUACUUUCGCAAGGAAGGUCGUGCGCUGGGCGAAGUAACCAAGUACUUGGUGUACAACUUACGGAAGCGCCAAGAAGGUGGUGACAGCGCUGAAGAGUAUUUCAAUUGUACUCAGACGGUGGCAGGUAUCCAGGAUGUGCGCUUCCAGGCGUUGAUGCCUGAUGCCUUGCACUGGCUCGGUAUUACCAAGAUUGACAAGUUCGUAUCGAUGAGCGACAUGAAGUACGACGCAAUUGUAUCAUCUGCCGCUCUGACAGAGUACAGUAAUCCUCAACGCGAGACAGUCGGUGCACAAAGUGCUCCAGACUCUCGAUGUCUUCCACACAGCGGUAGGCGACCUCGGAGAGAUGCUCGACAGAGUGCCGAUGACGAUGGACUUUGUCCUCCAACGAUCGAAGAGCAUCACGAGUCACCAGACGGCGAUCGAACAAGUCGUCAUCGACCGCCGCCGACUCUUCUCGAUGGGAAUGGUGACGUCCACUACCACGUGUAA